UUGAGCGCAUGCUGCUGUGCACUGCCGCUUUGCAACACUGCUUGAACAGCUGUUUUAAAAUGUCAAAAAGUUCGCCGUGCGGAAUUUGGCAAUUUUUAUAGAAAUUUUUGUUGGUCUUGAUCUCCGGCAAACCCACAACAACUAACAAAAAUGCCUAACGAUUCGCUUGACUUAAGGAAACAUUUAACUCAAUGCAAGUGACAAAAAGCAUACAAAAGCAAAAAACACAAAGCACGCAACGCCUACAACAACAAAAGCAACAGCAGCAGCGCAAUAAUUAAGCGUCUGGCAGCAGACGGUGGCGCUUCAGCUCGAAUUUCAGCAGCGACAACAGCAAUUGCAACAUGAAAUUACUCGGGAAAUACGUCGAUAAGGGCAUGCAGGGCAAUGUAACCCUCGUGCCCGAGGAGCCGGAGGACAUGUGGCACGCCUACAACCUAAUUGCUGAGGGCGACAGCGUGCGUAGCACCACAAUACGCAAAGUGCAGAAUGAAACGGCCACAGGCUCAUCGACGAGCAGCCGUGUGCGCACCACUCUGACCAUUGCCGUGGAGGCCAUCGACUUUGAUACCCAGGCCUGUGUGCUGCGCUUGAAGGGGCGCAACAUAGAGGAGAAUCAGUUCGUCAAAAUGGGCGCCUAUCACACGCUCGAUCUGGAGUUGAAUCGCAAAUUUGAGCUGCGGAAACCCGAAUGGGAUACGAUAGCACUGGAGCGCAUUGACAUGGCCUGCGAUCCCACCCAGUCCGCGGAUGUGGCUGCUGUCGUCAUGCAGGAAGGCUUGGCGCAUGUCUGCCUCAUUACGGCCAGCAUGACGCUGGUGCGCAGCAAAAUCGAGGUGUCCAUACCGCGAAAGCGCAAAGGCUAUGUGCAACAGCACGAGAAGGGUCUAGCCAAGUUCUACGAGCAAGUCAUGCAAAGCAUAUUGCGUCAUGUCAAUUUCGAAAUAGUCAAGUGUGUGCUGAUUGCCUCGCCGGGCUUUGUGCGCGAUCAGUUCUACGACUAUAUGUUCCAACAGGCGGUCAAAAUGGACUAUAAAGUGCUGCUGGAUAACAAGAGUCGAUUCAUGCUGGUUCAUGCAUCCUCCGGCUUUAAGCACUCUCUAAAGGAGGUGUUGCAAGAUCCGGCUGUGGUGGCCAAAAUGUCCGAUACGAAAGCCGCUGGUGAGGUUAAAGCACUGGAACAGUUCUACAUGAUGCUGCAGUGUGAACCAGCCAAAGCCUACUAUGGCAAAAAGCAUGUCCUGCGAGCUGCUGAGGCACAAUCUAUAGAAACAUUGCUCAUUUCGGACAAUCUGUUUAGAUGCCAAGACGUUAAUCUCAGGAAAGAAUAUGUCAACCUAGUUGAAUCAGUGCGCGAUGCUGGCGGCGAGGUGAAAAUAUUCUCCAGCAUGCAUAUAUCGGGAGAACAACUCGCUCAGCUGACGGGCGUUGCGGCUAUUCUGCGUUUCCCUAUGCCCGAACUGGAGGAUAGCGACGAUGAUGACGACGAUGAUGGUGCGGCGGGCGGCGAUAAUAGCGAUAGCGAUUAAGGACUAUAUCCUUAAGAUCCCAUAGCAUUUUAUUUCAAACGAUUUAUUGGACUUACCCGAGAACAAAAGCGGAGAACGCAAGACUCGUGCAGUUGUUUCUAAAAACAUACAAACAAAUGAAAAAAAAAAAACAACCGAAAAACAUAUAAUUAUAGAGUAAUAGGUACUACUUAUGACAGACUUGGACUGUGUCAGGGCAUAUACAAUAUACGAGUACUAUAUAUACAUAUACAAAACUUAGGUUAUACGAUGAGCGACAAAUCGUUAGUUAAAAUUCAUUAAAACAAAUUUUUAAAACAGUUUCUAUAGCCAAGCAACUAGGUCUAGCUUUACCUCUAAAGCCAAUAUAUAUUUCCCGUCAUCAAAACUAAUCCUCCCCAAACAGAAACCAAGCUAUGCAUAACUAGGAAUGUAAGCAAACAUAUGUGACGUUUUGCAAUUCCUUAGAUCUUUUUUCUCUCCGUUCUACUAUAUAUUUAUAACUAUUUUUUUUAUUGCUUUACUGCUGUAUUUUUGUUGUUAUAAUAUAUAUAUUUUUAUGAUUAUAUUAUAAUUUUUAUGCGAUUCAUGUGUUCUAUUCAGAUACUGUAAAAUUCAAAAUCGAUUAUGGCGAGUUCUUAUUGUUCGAACGUUUAUUUAAGCUUUAAAAAUGUAACGAAAAACUGUGCAACAUAAUCUAUUCAAAUAAUAUCGAAAGCCUGCUUCUUAAAUCCGUGUUGAUAUAUCAGCCUUGGGUAAUGCGAGUUGUUGGACAUCGGACCCGUCAGGAUUCGCAACGAUAAGGUUGAGCUAUAGACCAUUUUCUGUUAUCUUGGCUCAUUAAAGGAAUUUCGGCCUUAUAAUUGAAUAUUCUUUAUUGCCAGGACGAGGACUGUUCAUUGCCCAAAGGACAUUAGGAUAGCCCUUGAAAUGGUAGCUUAAGACUUU